GUUUUAUAUAAAUAUAUACAUUACGCAUCUGUCAUUUUAUUUUUAAAAAAAAUCCUUUUUUUUUCCUUCUUCUUCUUCUUCUUCUUCUUCUUCUCCGUGUAUAUUUCACUUUUUUUUUUUUCGUUAGAAAUAUAAUUCAUAAUGGCUGCUGUUAAGAAUAUUUGUUGUAUUGGUGCUGGCUAUGUUGGUGGUCCUACUUGUUCUGUAAUUGCUUACAAGUGUCCGGAUAUCAAAGUCACUAUUUGUGAUAUCAGUCAAAAACGUAUUGACGCUUGGAUGUCUGAUAAGCUUCCUAUUUAUGAACCUGGUCUUGAAGAUAUUGUCUUUGCUUGUCGUGGAAAGAAUCUUUUCUUCUCUACUGAUAUCGAUAAACAUAUUCAAGAAGCUGAUUUAAUCUUUGUUUCUGUAAAUACUCCUACUAAAAAAUAUGGUCUUGGUGCUGGUAUGGCUGCUGAUCUUGCUUAUGUCGAAGCCGCUACACGUCGUAUUGCUCAGGUUAGUACUAGUUCAAAGAUUGUUGUUGAAAAGUCCACAGUACCUUGUCGUACUGCUCAAAGUAUGCGUGCUAUCUUGGAAGCAAAUAGCAGUGAGAAUAUCAAAUUUGAUAUUCUUUCAAAUCCUGAAUUUUUAGCUGAAGGUACAGCUGUACAAGAUCUUCUUCAACCUGAUCGUGUUUUGGUUGGUAGUCUUCAGACUGAUUCUGGUAAAGAAGCUCAACAAAGACUUGUUGAUGUCUAUGCUCAUUGGAUUCCCCGUGAAAAUAUUAUUACUACUAAUCUUUGGUCUUCUGAGCUUUCAAAAUUGGCUGCAAAUGCUCUUUUAGCCCAACGUAUUUCAUCUAUUAAUGCUUUAUCUGCUGUCUGUGAGGCAACUGGUGCUGAUGUGGAUGAAGUUGCCUAUGCAUGUGGUCGUGAUAGUCGUCUUGGUUCAAAGUUUUUAAAAGCUUCAGUUGGCUUUGGUGGCUCUUGUUUCCAAAAAGAUAUUCUUAAUUUAGUCUACCUUUCAACACAACUCAAUUUACCUGAAGUCGCUGAAUACUGGAAGCAAGUUUAUACGAUGAAUGAAUAUCAAAAGAAACGAUUUGUUCGAAAGAUUAUUUCUACACUUUUCAAUACAAUUACCAAUAAGAAGAUUGCCGUUCUUGGUUUCGCUUUCAAGAAGGAUACUGGUGAUACCCGUGAAUCUGCAGCUAUUACUUUAAUCAAAGAUUUUAUGCAAGAAGAUGCUCAUGUAACAAUUUACGAUCCUAAAGUAGACCAUGAACAAAUCUAUUAUGAUCUUUCUGAACCUGGUGUUGUUGAUAAUCGUAAGCAAAUAGAAAAAAAAAUUGAAAUUUGUUCAAAUGCCUACGAAGCUGCUAAGGGUGCUGAUGCUCUUGUCAUUGUUACUGAAUGGGACGAAUUCCGUGAACUUGAUUAUAAACGUAUUUAUGAUGACAUGCAAAAGCCUGCUUUUGUAUUUGAUGGUCGUUUAAUAUUGGAUGCUCAUAAGUUAAGAGAAAUUGGUUUCAAGGUUCAUGUUAUUGGUAAAAAUGACCUUGAAGGCAGAGCCUAAAGUGUGUUUUUAUUAUUAUUAUUAUUAUUAUCAUGUAUACAUCACAAAAAUAAUUCUCGCUUGUAAAGUUUCAAAGUGUAUUUUUUUUUUUGUUU